AUGGGGAAGGGUCUUUGUUGUGCUAAAUAUAGAAUCAACGAUAAAGACUAUGGAACUUUGGGAAGUACUGGAAUACCACGACUUCUUGACCUUGGACAGUGUAAUGACAGUUAUGGUGCAAUAGUGGUAGCAAAAGCACUAGCAUCGGCACUCGAUACUGACAUUAACAGUUUGCCUUUGUCUCUGUCCUUGUCAUGGUUUGAACAAACAGCAGUAGCAGUUUUUCUUAGUUUAUUGAGUCUUGGCGUCAAGAAUAUUAGAUUAGGCCCAGUAAUGCCGGCUUUUCUGUACCCAACUGUACUACAAGCACUUCAGGAUCAAUAUGGAAUAGUGCCUGUCGAUAUUAGACAUCCACUUGAAGACAUGGAAGAUAUGAUGUAA